AUGGGUUACCUCACAUACGAGUCUGAUUCGUCAGUAGCGGACUUUGCCGUCUCCAAACAGGAAUACCUCACCUCCCGCCCAGAAGUUUCCUUUGGAUACAUCGCAACCAGUUCCCUCGUCUUUGACACAAAAGCCGCUUCCGAGCAUCGCAUUCUCCUUUUGCAGCGCGCUGAAACCGACGACGAUGCCGGCAAAUGGGAGCCUCCAGGUGGUGCCUGCGAUGACUGGGAUAAAACCAUCUUGGGUGCUGCCGCACGUGAGCUGCGUGAAGAAGCAAGUCUCGAUGCGAAAUGGAUCGGUGGCCCCGUCGACAGACCCCAUUUCUUUGCUCUUGAAGACGGGAAAAGAGUAUGCCAGUUCAACUUUCUGGUAUGUGUAGACAUGAGCAACCAAGCAGUGAAGCUAUCUCCGGAUGAGCAUCAGCGCUUCGUCUGGGCUACUGAGGAUGAGGUGAAGUCAGGGGAAGUGGGCGGCAUUGACAUCGAGUUCACAAGGGACGAAGUUCAGCGAACAGUGUUGGCAGCAUUUCAUCACGCGAGGAACAUCCACGUAUGA